AUGUCUGGCACGCCAACCAAGCUACCUGGGGAUGUGAAGACCUGGGAGGAUGAAAUGGCUAAGAUGGGCCUCACAGGCCAGACUAUACACGGCGCGGAGUUAGCUUCCGCCUCGAAAUUCGAGUAUAAACAGUUCCUGCUCCUGCAAGUUAUCUGGGUGCCACGCCGCUUGAAUUAUCUGCCGACUAUGCUGCCUGGCUUCAAGGAUUGGAUCACAAAGGCGGAGACAAUGUUGAAGACCUAUCAAUCAUGGGGCACAUACUGUCAGGGAUUGGCACUCUCGGAUGCUGGAGAAGGGAACUUUACAAUUGCCCGGCAUUACCAGCUUCAGGUUGCAAACACCAGAGACGACACAGAUCCACUGACUCUGGCAACCCCUAUCGCACAUCGGACACGCUCCCGUGAACUCGCUCGAAAGUUUGCUGAUAUGAAUUUGGCAACAUCCUCAAGAUCCAACAAUAUUUCUAAGACACUCGACAUUGAAGAUACUAGCCUCGAUGAUCCGUUCGAUAUUUCGGAGACCUCGGUUCCAGUUACCCCGCUUCCAGGGACUCCAAGUCCAUUCCGGGAGAUAACACCUGCUCCCAAAGAAUUGGAGAACGUGUUAUACCUUCCGACAAAGGAUGAGCAAAUCGUGAAUUGCGCCUUGAUAACCUUCCUGAAUGCUUUGACAAUACCCUUCAAGCUCGCCAACAAUUGGACCUUGCACAGGAAGGCCUUCAAAGCUAUAUUCGACGAUGCUAGCUUUGAAGCAAGAACUGAUGGAUAUCUUGAUGACCGUCAAGGCAACGCCCAGGCUAUAAUCGAAGUGAAGCCAGUCACACGAUCGAAAAAACAAAUAUUCCUGACAGUUGCUCAGUACGAUGGUGACUACAUCAAAUAUUUGGCAGACAAGAAUCAUCGCAGUGAGUCCAGGUCCUUUAUGACUAUGAACCAAUUCGGUCCCUGUAAUACAUUGGAGGCGACACACAUGCGCUACCUGGGCCCUAUCCUGCUAGCGAUAUCACUGCGUGCAGACGCCGAAAUAGGCCAAAGCUGA